AUGAAGUCAACCAUUCUCGUCGCCGCCGCUACUUUGGCUGGCGCUACUGCCGUUGCUGCCGCUCCGGUCGCAUGGACCAAGGUCAGCCCUCGAUCCGAGAUGGCCGCCCGCAUGGCUGAAAACUCCCACCUCGCCGCUCGUUCUAUCACCAACGACGCUGCCCACUUCUCCAAGAAAAAGUUCGACUACAUCGUCGUCGGUGCCGGUACUGCCGGUCUUGCUCUUGCUGCCCGUCUUUCCGAAGGUGGCAAGUACAAGGUCGGUGUCCUCGAGGCUGGUGGAAACGGUUUUGGCGUUGGCAUCAUCGACACUCCAGGACAGUUCGGUGCUGAUCUCGGUACCGUCUACGACUGGAACUACACUACCGUUGCCAACACUGCCAACGGUGUCCCCGCUAGCCCUUGGCCGCGUGGUAAGCUUCUCGGUGGUUCCUCCGCCUUGAACUUCCUCGUUUGGGACCGAUCCUCCAGAUACGAGAUUGACGCUUGGGAGCAGCUCGGUAACCCUGGAUGGAACUGGAACAACCUCUACUCUGCUAUGAAAAAGUCGGAGCGCUUCCAUGCCCCUUCCCAGCAGAACGCCGACUUGCUUGGUGUCAAGCCCGUCCCCUCGGACUACGGUAACUCGGGUCCCAUCCAGGUUGCUUUCCCCAAUUACAUUUCCAACCAGGUUCAGCGAUGGAUCCCCGCUCUUCGCAGCCUCGGCAUCCCCAAGAACGACCAGACUCUUGCUGGUGAGAACGUCGGUGUCUCGCAGCAGCCUUCCGAUAUCAACCCUACCAACUACACUCGUUCCUACUCUGCCCCUGCCUACCUCUUCCCCAACCAGGCACGCCACAACCUCUACGUCCUCACCAACGCUCUUGUCUCCAAGGUCAACUUUGACACCAGCCGCGACCAUCUCUCGGCCACCGGUGUUACUUUCACCAGCAACGGCCAGACUUACACUGUUAACGCGGCCAAGGAAGUCAUCCUUUCCGGUGGUACCGUCAACACUCCUCAGCUCCUCGAACUUUCCGGUAUCGGCUCCAAGCAUGUUUUGGCCAAAGCUGGUGUCAAGCUUCUCUACGAGAACGCCAACGUCGGCGAGAACCUCCAGGACCACACCUACUCUGCUACCGUAUACAACCUCAAGCCGACUUUCAAGACUCUUGACUCGCUUCGAUCCAACGCCACUUUCGCUGCUCAACAGGCUGCCGCUUACAAGGCCAACCAGGCUUCCAUCCUUACCGAGACUGUUCCUUCCAUCUCUUACGUCUCGCUCGCCCGUGUCGUCGGUGAUCGGCGUGCCAAGGCCAUGAUCGCCGAGGUCACCAAGUAUGUCUCUGCAAGUCGUGCUCCUUACAAGAAGACCUUGGAGAAGCAGCUCGACUUCCUCAACAACUACCCUAACAAGGUCGGUCAGAUGGAACUCAUCGGUAUUGACGGUUAUUUUGCCAGUACUGGUACUCCCAAGCCCGACGAGACCUACUUCACCAUCCUCGCUGCCAACCAGCACUUGUUCUCGCGCGGCUCCAUCCACAUCCAGUCGUCCGAUCCCACAAAGUACCCCAUCAUCGACCCCAAGUACUUCUCCGUUCCUUUCGACACUGAAAUCGCCACCGCUGGUACCAACUACACCCGUCGCGUCGGUCUCUCUAAGGCUUAUAGCGACAUGGUUGUCGGUGAAUACUGGCCUGGAAACGUCGACCUCGAGACUUACACCAAGACCACCUCCGUCACUGAAUAUCACCCUAUUGGUACCGCAUCGAUGCUGCCAAGGCACCAGGGUGGUGUUGUGGACGCAAGCUUAAAGGUCUACGGUACGACCAACUUGAGGGUUGUCGAUGCUAGUAUCAUGCCUUUGCACAUUGCUGCUCACAUUCAGGCGACCAUUUACGGCGUUGCUGAAUACGCUGCUCAGAUCAUCAAGGAGCAGGCAUAA